UGUGUGUGUGUGUAUGUGUCAGUCUGUAUCUGUGCCUGUGUGAAGAGGGCGAGAGAUAAAGUUGGUGUGUGUGUUUCAGGAUGUUCUCCGUCUGCGUCCUGGUGUGGAUCAGUGUUCCUGCUAUAUACAGGACCGUGCUGACUGAAGGACACCCUGACCUUCAGCAAGGUGAUGAAUCACAUAUAGAGGUUCAGGACUGGUUGUUGGACUACACGGGCCUGCAUCUGGCAAACCAGCAAGCUAAAGGACAUCCGGCUUUAAAUGUUAAAACCAGAAGACUGAGGAAGAUGUUCGGCUGGGGAGACUUCCACUGCAGCGUCAAAUCUGCCUCGCUGGACCUUCUAAUCAAGGGCAAGAUCGUGGACCACGGAAACGGGACAUUCAGCAUCCACUUCCUGUGUAACAGCACCGGUGUCGGGAACAUCACCAUCGGGUUGGCGCCGUCCAGCAAGACGGUGGAGUUCGGGUCGACUCAGGAAGAGGUGAAGGACUCGGUGGAGUCAAAGCUGUUCAACUGCAGGGUGGAGUCAGAGAAGGUGGAGCAAAGCAAGAGGGGAGUGCGGUGCAGCUACGAUCCGUCACAGAGCUGCGAGCAUCAACACACACAGAGUCACGUCGCUUGGCUGUGCUCCAAACCGUUCAAGGUCAUCUGCGUGUACGUGUCCUUCCGCAGCGUGGAAUACAACCUGCUGCAGAAGGUCUGUCCGGAUUAUAACUCCCACAGCGACGCUCCGUACUUCCGUUCUGGAUGAUCCCUCUGUAAUGGACACAGCAGAGUCCAACUCUAGUCCUGUAGUUAGUUCAUUGAAGGGAAAAACUCUGUAUCUGUGGCGUGUUUAGUGAUUCUGGUGCUAGUUUGUUGGUGCUGUAUUUCUGUGCACAGGACAACAGCUGCUAAAAAAAUGAUUUGAUUCAUUUCAAAUAUACGAACAUGUCUGAUCUUUCAUGAACGCUUUUCUUCCUUCUAACAACAACAUCCUUCAUCAUGAUUAAAAAGAUUCACAUGUUUUUUAAUUUCAUACCUUUAGUUUAAGCUGGUGGGGGACACGGUGGCUUAGUGGCUAGCACGUUCGCCUCACACCUCCAGGGUCGGGGUUCGAUUCCCGCCUCCGCCUUGUGUGUG